GGCCUCCCCCGCCCGCGCGGUACAGCUGGGCCGGUGACGCGCGUACUGCUGCCGUUGCCUCUGCUACGGCCGCCGCGUUCCAUUCUCCUAAGCCGGCGACAUCCUCGUCCCCUGCCUCCCGCCUCCUCCUCCCGCAGCGCCGGCCAGCGCCAGCCAGACAAGGGCCCACGGGGUCUCGCCUAGACCCAAGAGGGCUGCGGGCGCGCGCAGGCGGCGGAGCGGAUCCCGGCGCCGCGGAAGCUGCGAGCGUCCGCCUCCCGGAGGUCGCCGCGCCGUUCCCCGGGCUGUUGAGGCGGCAGUGUUGGUCCCAAGAAGGAAAGUCAGAAGGGUGAAUGCAGACUUCCCAUGACCCUGCCCCACCCCGUGUUUUGGAAGAGCUGGAGGAAGAGGUGAAUCUACCCAGGGCUGACUUCAGUGUUCUUACUUCUGGCUUUUAAAUUUUUUCUUUUUAAAAUAACUUGGACGGAUGAAAGAUGUGCCAUGGCAGGAUAGCACCAAAGAGCACCUCAUUGUUUGCCGCGGCCUCCGCGGGACAUGGCGUGUUCCUUCUGCUGGUGAUUCUUAGCACCCUCCUUGGAGACGGACUUGCCUCAGUGUGUUCCCUGCCCCCGGAGCCAGAGAAUGGUGGCUACAUCUGCCACCCCCGGCCCUGUAGAGACCCCCUGAACUCGGGCAGCGUCAUCGAGUACCUGUGUGCUGAAGGCUACAUGUUGAAGGGUGAUUACAAGUACCUGACGUGUAAGAAUGGCGAGUGGAAGCCAGCCAUGGAGAUCAGCUGUCAUCUCAACGAGGACAAAGACGCCCACACGUCGCUCGGGGUCCCCACGCUGUCCAUCGUGGCUUCCACUGCCAGCUCCGUGGCGCUCAUUCUCCUCCUGGUGGUGCUGUUUGUGCUGCUGCAGCCAAAGCUGAAGUCUUUCCAUCACAGCAGGCGUGACCAGGGCGUGUCCGGGGACCAGGUGUCCAUCAUGGUGGAUGGAGUCCAGGUUGCGCUGCCGUCGUAUGAGGAGGCUGUGUACGGCAGUUCCGGUCACUGUGUGCCGCCCGCUGACCCCAGAGUGCAGAUUGUGCUGUCAGAAGGGUCUGGGCCCAGUGGGAGGAGCGGGCCAAGGGAGCAGCAGCUGCAGGACCAGGGGGCCUGCUCCUCCGCAGGUGGAGAGGAGGAGGCCCCAGGCCAGCCUGGACUGUGUGAAGCCCGGGGCUCUCGGGGCUCAGAGACUGUGAUGGUGCAUCAGGCAGCCCCCUCUUCCUGGGUGGCCGGCUCAGGGAACAGCCGAGUGGCACACAAAGAAGCCCCAGAUUCAGAGAACAGCGACAUACAAAGCCUCACGUCGGAGGACUACACAGACGAUAUCCCACUGUUGAAAGAAGCAUGAGGGCUGCCGCUGGCUUCUCUCCUCUCUGCCCUCCCUCCCUCUCCCUGUGGGUUUGAGCACCGCGUACUCCAGCUGCCCUGCCCGGAUACCUGAGCUGCCACCUGUGUAUCUGUGUAUCUCUGUAUCUCUGAGGGCCUGCAGGCCCACCUUGGCUGGAAACUCAAGGAAGAUUCUCACCAUCUGCCUGCUGGACAGCUGGAGGAGCUGGCUUUUUGCCUGGCCCAGCCUUCCCGUCUGUGUCGGGGACAUCGUUGAAUGUGCUGGAUUGAGCCCUUCCUUCCCCGAGCCCUCCGGGUCCGCUCCAGCGAGCGAGCGCUUGGGCGGCAGCCCCCGUGGGCCCGAGAGCGCUGCGUUUACUUGUGCCUUCCUCCCGCCCGUCCAGUGUCCCUGUCAUGCGGGCUUGUUGCUGUCCUGCAAGCCUUGGUGGCGGCACUCUGCCACGCAGGGGGCCGGGCCUGGGUCUGGCCUGUCUCCUUCGGGGGCUGGCACCGCUGCCCUUAGCAGGAGCAGAUCCGAGAGUGGCUCGAAUUGGGGCAAGCGUGUGGCUCCCUUGGCCUGAGCUGUCCCAGCGCCCAGCUCUGUAGCUCAGAGGUGCCAGCGCCUGGCCCUGUCGAGUUUCCAAGAAGCAUCCAGAAGAUCCCAAGGGAGGGGAGGACGGUAGCUGAUAAUGAUCGAUCGCCUUCCGCAUAUGCAAGUUCUCACUUCCUCCUUCCAGCAUCUGGCCUUCCUGGCACCGGUCUUUUCUCUUUCCCUGGAGCAUAGGGGGGAGUUGCAUGCGGCCUCCUGGGUUUGAUCCUGCGCAGCUCCGGCUUCCUUGCCGGCCGAGCCCUGAGGCGAGUCAUCCACGGGUCGGGAGUGUUGCUGAGAUGCCAUGAGAUGCCCAUCUGGUCGCUGGCAGUUGGGGCCAGUUGCCCUGUUCUGGGUUCAUGGUGAGGGAAGGGGGCCUGAGAGGCGCCGGCCGACCGUGUCCCCAGGCAGCUGCAGGCAGCUCCACCCCGGUCCUGAGGGUCCUCCUCACCACAGUCACGUGCCUUAGUAACUGUGCCCAGGAAGCAUCCUGCUGCUUGCCUCGCUGCUGCUUUUCCUCGUUCCACCCUCCCCUGCCGCCCCUCCGCUCGUCACAGCUGGCAAACGACUCCCUGGUCUUCCCGGCACCGGGAGGGCCCAAGACACAGUCGGCACACACACGCCCACCCCCACCCCCCCAGCUUGUUGGUGGAGAUGGUUUGGAAGCAGCCUGGCUCCGGGGCCCUGCUGGGGCCGCUCCCUUGGCCGAGGGUCCCACACUGACAGGGCUGCUGCCUCUUCAGGAGAUGUGGCACUACGGAGCGCGUGUUACUGUUUUGUUUCUGAAGCACCGCGCCUCCGCUCCGUCCCCCAGCCUCUGUCUGGGGUGGUGAAAAUAGUAGAGCCCGAUGUGUUUUCAGUUCCUGACCUAACAGGGUAGCUCCGGGGUGGCUGCGGGUGGCCUCCAAGAGAAGAAGAACGAAUGGCCCGCCCUCAGCCUCCCGCCUCCACUCUCACACGCGCACUUUACUCCGGGCUCUGCCGGGGGGGGGGGGGGGGGGGGGGGGCUCGCCGCCCCUGUAGUCUUCCCUCGGCUCAGGUGAGGGCAGCGCCUGCUUGCGUCGGGCUCCUCCCCGCGGGAGCCCUCUCGUGCUGUGUGCCCUCAGCCCUGGCCCGAGAGCUGGAGGGAGGGAGAUGGAACAGAGCAGGGCUGUCCUUGGCCUCAGAAGAGGCCGUUUUUGGAGACGUGCCUGCUGGCCGUUGCUGGCACGGGGCCCAUCUGGAGGGCAGGGUCCCCGGCCCCGCCGCUUCACCCUGCACAGGUUCUGUUCCACCCACCGGCAGCCCUUGUCUUCCUCCAAAAGAGAGCAGGGACCAGUGGGGACCAGGGGGAGGCAUCCAAAGUCUCAUUGCUGAGCCUGCAGCUUCUGUUGCCCAAUCUUCCAACAGCUGAAUUCUAGUCUAGGAUCUUUCUUUAAAUGGAAGCUCUUACCUUUUUCUAUCCAGUUACUCUGGGUUUCUCACCCAAGUUGCACUUUCUGUUUGCGGUAUAUUCAGCCACAGAGGUGACCGGCUUGGCCCGCCUGCCCUCUGAACCCUUCUUCCCCUUGGCCCGCCCGCCCUGGGGAUCACAAGCCCAGACUUGCCACCCGGUAGGGAAGAGGGCAAAGUCAGGAACCUCCCUGCCACGUCCCCCACGUCACUGGCUUUGCUGGGGCCUCCCGGAGUCCCCCGGCCUGUGGGUGCAGAGCCAGCCUCAUUGCUGCUGACACCCACGACGGCUUACCGCAGUGAGCUUUCUGCUCCCACAUCAGCCAUGCGCUGCUGUUUCUAGAGCUUCUGGCCUUUGUCCCUUGCGAAGGAUCAGGGCCCCCCCACAGCUGCCUUGGAGUGGGGCCUGGCUGAGAGACAAGGUGGUGCUGGGGGCUGCCAGAGGGGCCUGGAGCAGGUGGGGAAAACUGCCCAUGGUCUGGCUUCCCGGGCUCCCCUCCAGGGGAGUCCAGCAGAGGACUUGCCCAGGAGAACGGUUGGCACCAAAGGACUUUUAAAAAGGGGUGUUUUGUUUUGUUUGUUUGUUUUGCAUACAUGAGCUGACUCAGUGCAGGUUUUAUAUCCUGGCAACUUGCAGUCACAUUCCAGUGACUUUCAAGGGCCAGUAUGUGGUGAAAAUUACUUAAAAUUUCCAUCCCUUUCAAUGCCUUAGUUCAGCACGUAGGCUCUGUCUUUUGCCAUUUUUGAGUUUUGUGUGCUAUGCUCCCACUUCACUGGGUGUGAACCGUGAAAUGGGCCGAGUCCUGGCCACUUUGUGAGUUCUUUUGGUUUUAUAAGGUAUUUCAGUGUACAUCCUGCGAACACUCCAUUUGCAAACAGAACUCACGUUGUCAUCCCCAUUCUUCCUGCCCUCCUCCGCUCCCCUUCCCCCAGCUUUAAAGCUCCGUGGAGAAGCUGGAGGGCAAGACAGACAAAGGUACACUUUUCCUGCUAAGUUAGUGGUGGCACAGGAAUCCUAGCACUCGGCCUUUCCCCUCCCCAUCCCAGAAGAGCUCAAACCACUUGCUUUCUACAUAACAAUGUCACUUCCAUUCCCAGGGAACAUCUUUACAUAGAGAAUGGAAAAUGCUGCAAAUAUUUCUAGAUCCUUGCCUGUUCCCCUCCUCCCCCCCACCCCCCACCUUGAGAAUAACGGGCCCAGGAGGGAAGGGACGCGGGCUUGACAGCUUAAUUCCAGAUGUGCUUUGCUGAGGAUAGAGGCUGGGAGCGUUUCUCGUGGAGCCUGCUAGGGCUCCUGGCUCUCAGCAUCGGGCCUGUCAUUACUGGUGUCCGGUGAGGGGCUCCGAGAGGAUUUUUUUUGACAGAUGGGCGCACCGAGUGGUAGAGUAGCCAGUUCCCCGGAGAGGGAAAGGCAGGCUCAGCUUUCCUGGGAAGCGACUCCUCUUAACCGCCAGUUGAAAAUCUGGUAGAAUCUUGAAUGAGAACCCCAAGGCUGAGCCCUCUGCUAGGAGCUGGGGAAGAUGCAGGGGCAGAGCACUCAGAUCGCCAAGCAGGGAGGAGAGAGGGGCGAGGAGGGUUGCCUGGCAGCCCACCACACCCUGCCCAGGCUUCUCAUCACACCACUAUGGAAUCUCUGCAAUGGUUUCACAUGACACACGCAUCAUUGACUGUGCAGGAUGUCAGUCAGUUUGGGUUUGCUUUAUUUUAUUUUAUAUAUAUAUUUUUUGGUAUCCUGUACAUUGCAGUGGGUGUGAAGAUAGUAUUUUAAUAUUUGUACAAAGUUUAAUUUAAUUUUAAUUGUUCUAUGUAUAUAACUGCAUUUCUAAAUAAUAAUAAUUAAAAAAAAGUUCUUAUGAA